AUGGCUUCUAAUUCCUGUGGAUCACUUACACAAGACUCUGAUGAAAUUAAAGAAAUGUAUUGUGAGGAAUGUGACAGACAUGGUGAUGGUUAUGCUACAGCUGUAGCUUUCUGUGUAGAUUGUUUGGAUUAUAUAUGUGUGACCUGUCAAAGAUAUCAUAAGAGACAAUUUAAAACUCACAAAAUCCAAGAGAGUAAAGGUAUGCCUCAGGAUUUUUAUUGUGAGAAAUGUUCAACUCAUCCUGGACAGCUGAUCAAGUUUUACUGCCUUCAGUGUAACAAAGAAGCCUGCCAAGAAUGCAAGGAUAAUGACCAUGUAAACUGUAGUGAUGUUAACCAUUUACCAACCCUUGCUUCAGACAUACAAAAAUGUGAUGAACUAACAAACUUUAGCAAGAAUAUGGAUCAAUUGUCUAAGAAUAUAAAAGACACAGAAAAUAUUUUAGAUGCUAAAAGUGAAGUGAUUAAGAAACAAGAGGAAAACGCAAUUUUUGCAUGUAAAGAGCAAAGCAACAAUCUGAUAGCAACUUACAAACAACAUCGUCAAGAUCUAAUUGAUGAUUUUGAUAAGAAAAUGGAAGAGACCAUUGCUAGGUUGAAGAAAGAAAGGUUAGAACUAAUUCAAAAAUUAUCUGAAAAGGAAAGAAAUUUUGAAAAAAAAGUAAGAACAGCUGAAACGAAUAUGACACAAGAGGUUGUUAAGACAAAUACAAACUUUAAAGAACUUAAGUUUGAACAUUUGAAUUUGGUUGGAAAUUUGAAAGCUCUUAUUGUUGAUAUAGAGCAGGGUCAGAAUUAG